GUGGAAAUGGGUUUCUUAAGGAGACUCAUGAUAGACGAUAGGAACCUUUGCAAAACAGUGGGUGAACUCCACUUCACAUGUGAUGUGUUCGUUUCGUGCGUAAUGCCAUUCCCCAACGUUCACUCGCGGGCGCAGUCAGACCUCGAUGCAGUCGUCCGCCGCCGCAGUCGUCCACCCGCGCAGUAUUUGCACAAGGCCGUGCUGUUGGCGAUCAGCGACGCCAGCACGGAGCAAGCACCUGUUCUAGUGAUCCUCACCGGGCCUCGUGUGGGCGAGCUUCCGGCCUUCGGCGGCGAAGAGGUCUACUUUGGUGGCUUAGUUCCUUCGGAGCAGCAACUCAUCCAAGUCGCUGGCAGCUACAUUUGGGGCCAGGUCGUGUUCUCCUUGCCGGUGCUCGAGGAGCUCUUGCAGUCCGGUGCUCUAGAGCUGGCCCCCGGCGUGCGAGUGCACGAGGUCAUGUCGGCCCCUCGCACCUCGCGCUGGGCGGCCGCCGGUGGCAGGUUGGAGAGCAUCAACGAUGCAGCAGCGGCCUUGUUGGGUGAUGAUCAGCAACGACACUGGUACCAACGCUACUUGGGCCUCAGCGUCGAAAAGCUCUGAACCGAGCCGAGCGGAGCCUGACUGUGCCGAGCCUCGACGGCGGGCUGCGGGUGGGGAGAACGC